AUGGCCUGGAUCGAACACGGACGCAUGACUUUGGAUAGUAACAUUGUACAGACACCAAAGACUCCUAGCUUUGGCUCAAGUUUCGAGCACACAACUGGUAAGAAGCACAAGCGGAUUACCGGGGCGUCUUCGCCAGAUAUAAGAGUAGGUCAAGAGCGCGGCAUGAACUGA